ACCCCUUCGUCUCCGCUGCGAACCGCCCUCACUCUGGCUUCUAGCUGUCUGAGCGCCCCGGUCCCGCCAGCCCUCCCCGCAGACCCGCCCGGGCGGAGUGCCGGGAGCCCCAGCCUUCGUUCUCAGCGGCCCCAAAGGGGCGGUCGGCUUGAGGGGGCACAGGCAAAAGCCCUCGGGUCCUCCAGCGGACGUUCUCCAGCGAAUUGGCCUGUCGUUUGUCUUACUAUGUGCAUCUCACUCCUUGAAGCCCCCGUUAUCUCGCAGGAUAUGUUGGGGGUCCGGAGGCUGGGAUUUCAUCUUUCUGAGCCUCGGUUUUCUCAAGAGUGUAAAGAGACCUAUAAUAAUACCUCCUUCCCUGGAGAGUUCUGAGGAGUGAGGGAGCUAAUGCUUGCGUAGAGUACAUGUGGUCCUUAGGACGAUCCUCGGAUGCAAAGAACAGUGGUUGCACCUAACUGGGCACCUUCAUGCGCUCUGGAUGCUGUUGGAAGCCCUGGGAUCCCGUGUGGCGUCGUCACUCUCAGGAGUACAGGCUCUCAAAGGACGCCCGACCGUACUGUGCCUCCAGGAUGAUGGGAGCCAUCAUGCAGGAAGCACAGCUCAGACGGGACAUUAACUCAGAGCAUGGGGAGGGGGGGGGCACUUCCAGGAUGAAGUGAAACUUGGAGGACAACAGAUGGUGUGUGAGAAGCGCCUUCCAGACUGAGAACGACUGGGCACUGAGCUGGAGCCUCAUCCUAGCUGAAGUACUUAGGACAGGUUAUUUAAGACCUGUAAUACCUCUGUUAAAUGAGAGUAACUUAGACGCCUAACUUAAGAGAUUUUAGGAUUAAAUAAGCUAAUGGACCUAUAACAGAGGCUAAUAUAGGCGGCGGCUUUCCAUAAGUGUGAGCCAUUCUCAUUAGGUGCCCUGGCCCAAACACCUGAUGAAGCUUGGGAACAGGCUCAGUUCAGUAGGGCCUGGGUACAAACAGCAAUGGAAGAUGAGGCUGGGGAGGGGCCAAGAGCAUGGAGGUGAGGCUACAGGACCAAGGAGGGGCUACUAGAGGGUUUGAAGAAAAGGGGAGCUCCAAAAGGCCAAUUUGUGCUUUAGAAAGAUCCUUCUAAAGGGUGGGUGGAGAAUGGGGUGGAGGGGGAUCUUGGAAGAACUUGGAGACCAUUCAAGGGGCAGUUGUCCUAGGUCACGUGACAGCUACUGAGGCCUGGAUUAAGGCAGUAGUGUGGAAUAGAGGAGAAACUAGUAAGGCAUUGGUUCUGGUCUUUACUGAUGUGCCAGGCGUAAGUAUCACCUCAGGUGCUUGUUAAACACUUAGGUAUUUGAGAGGCCUGGAAAUUGUUAAAAGAGCUGAGCCCAUCAGAGGUGCCAGGCCUCUCUGUGCAUACAUCCCCACCCAGGGAGUCCUUUUUAUUGUAGAUUCCUGCCACCCCUCUCCAGUAGUGACUCAGAAGCUCCGGUGCAAGGGGUCAAGGAGGGACCCUACUAUACUGAGUAGUGUUAGAGAGGCAUUUUGGCCUCCGAAAUCCCUACCUCUCAGAAUCUGGUAACUAGUAAGAUGUGGUGGGAGAUGGGAGAUGAGAUGACUUCUGUCAGGCUGAAAAAUCUGCUGUGCCUGAACGAUAGCUAGUCUGUCCUUUUGUGCAGUUGGAGAAAUCAAGGCUCAGAUACAGCUUGGCUGAGGUCAGCUAUCAAUUGGGACAAAUCUCCACUGAUUGGAAAGCUAGGUAGUAGAAGACAGAGUAAUGAAGAGGAAAGGAGAUAGGCCCUUCUCUAAGUGAGCCCUGAGGGAGCAGCUGGACUAAUGGGAGGGAUAAGGUGGGUGGAUGGUGGAGAGGGGGGACCCAGCGAGCUGGCUACACAGCCUGCCCUGACAGCUUCUGCCUCCUCCUUGGACAGUUCUACCUUUUUCCCUCUGUGUCUGUGCUGGGCACAGAGCUGAUCAGCUGUCGCUUGGAUCAGCCCAGGUGUGUAGCUGUGAGCACCUGAGAGACCCAGAUGUGAGCCUUGAGUGUGCCUUAGGAUAAGACUCUCAGCAGGAUCACGUAUCAAGUACAUGAGUGUGAGGCCCCGGUGUAUCACAUGCACGCAGGAGGGGUGGAGAUGUCAUUGAGAGUGCCUGAGGGCAGAGUCUGAGCAGUGUCAUCUGUCUUUGCUUCAGUGCGAGGGAGGCCUGCAUGUUACUGUUAACAUGUGUAAGAUUGAGACUCAAAGUAAAAGUUGUGUAUCUGAAAGACCCUAAUACAACACUCGUGUGCAUGUGAGCCUCAAGUGAAAGAAACAUGUUUUCCAGAGGUGAAUUACAGCACUCUUACAGGGAGAAGGGAUCUAGUCUGUUACCAUACUUGAGAUUGGGAUAUACUUCCCCAGUAUCUACCUGAGCAGGGCUGUUAGCUGUAUCCGCCUGAGAGUGAUACUUAGGUAUGUUGCCUAUAUACCUGAGUAAGGAAAACUCCGGGAGUUGGUGAUGGACAGGGAGGCCUGGCGUGUUGUGAUCCAUGGGGUCGCAAAGAGUCGGACACGACUGAGCGACUGAACUGAACCGAACUGAAGGAAGACUUAUGUUACUAAUAGAUGCUAGAGAGGAAGCCUGUGUAUCAGGUUCCCCAAGAUGGGUCCCAGCUGAAACUUGGAGGAAGGGCCCACCGCUUACCACCACACUGGGGCCCAGAGGCCAUGGCCUGCCUCCAUGAGACCCGCACACCCUCCCCUUCCUUUGGGGGUUUCGUGUCCACCCUAAGCGAGGCAUCCAUGCGCAAGCUGGACCCAGACACUUCCGACUGCACCCCCGAGAAGGACCUGACGCCUACCCAGUGUGUACUCCGAGACGUAGUGCCGCUCGGGGGUCAGGGCGGGGGCGGGCCCAGCCCCUCCCCAGGUGGAGAGCCGCCCCCUGAGCCUUUUGCCAACAGUGUCCUGCAGCUCCACGAGCAGGAUGCAGGGGGCCCAGGGGGAGCCACUGGGUCCCCUGAGAGUCGGGCGUCCAGGGUCCGAGCGGAUGAGGUACGGCUCCAGUGCCAGAGCGGCAGCGGCUUCCUGGAGGGCCUCUUCGGCUGCCUGCGCCCUGUCUGGACCAUGAUCGGCAAAGCCUACUCCACGGAGCACAAGCAGCAGCAGGAAGACCUUUGGGAGGUCCCCUUUGAGGAAAUCCUGGACCUGCAGUGGGUGGGCUCAGGGGCCCAGGGCGCCGUCUUCCUGGGGCGCUUCCAUGGGGAGGAGGUGGCUGUGAAGAAGGUGCGGGACCUGAAAGAAACUGACAUCAAGCACCUGCGAAAGCUGAAGCACCCAAACAUCAUCACCUUCAAGGGUGUGUGCACCCAGGCUCCCUGCUACUGCAUCCUCAUGGAGUUCUGCGCCCAGGGCCAGCUGUACGAGGUGCUGCGGGCUGGCCGCCCCGUCACGCCCUCCUUGCUGGUUGACUGGUCCAUGGGCAUCGCCGGCGGCAUGAACUACCUGCACCUGCACAAGAUUAUCCAUCGGGACCUCAAGUCCCCCAACAUGCUAAUCACCUACGACGAUGUGGUGAAGAUCUCCGAUUUUGGCACUUCCAAGGAGCUGAGUGACAAGAGCACCAAGAUGUCCUUUGCAGGGACAGUAGCCUGGAUGGCCCCUGAAGUGAUCCGCAACGAACCUGUGUCUGAGAAGGUUGACAUCUGGUCCUUUGGCGUGGUGCUGUGGGAGCUGCUGACUGGUGAGAUCCCCUACAAAGACGUAGAUUCCUCAGCCAUCAUCUGGGGUGUGGGAAGCAACAGUCUCCAUCUACCUGUGCCCUCCAGCUGCCCAGACGGCUUCAAAAUCCUGCUUCGCCAGUGCUGGAACAGCAAACCACGAAACCGCCCAUCAUUCCGACAGAUCCUGCUGCAUCUGGACAUUGCCUCAGCCGACGUACUCUCCACACCCCAGGAGACUUACUUUAAGUCCCAGGCAGAGUGGCGUGAAGAGGUAAAGCUGCAUUUUGAAAAAAUUAAGUCAGAAGGGACCUGUCUGCACCGCCUAGAAGAGGAGCUGGUGAUGCGGAGGAGGGAGGAGCUCAGACAUGCCCUGGACAUUAGGGAGCACUAUGAGCGGAAACUGGAGAGAGCCAACAACCUGUACAUGGAACUUAAUGCCCUUAUGUUGCAGCUGGAGCUGAAGGAACGGGAGCUACUCAGGAGGGAGCAAGCUUUAGAGCGGCGGUGUCCAGGUCUGCUGAAGUCACACCCUUCCCGGGGCCUGCUGCACGGGAACACAAUGGAGAAACUAAUCAAGAAGAGGAAUGUCCCACAGAAACUGUCGCCCCACAGCAAAAGGCCAGAUAUCCUCAAGACUGAGUCUUUGCUACCCAAACUAGAUGCAGCCCUGAGUGGGGUGGGGCUUCCUGGGUGUGCUAAGGGCCCCCCCUCACCAGGACGGAGUCGCCGUGGCAAGACUCGUCACCGCAAGGCCAGCGCCAAGGGCAGCUGUGGGGACCUGCCUGGGCUUCGUGCAGCCGUGCCACCCCAUGAACCUGGGGGACCAGGAAGCCCCGUGGGGCUAGGCGGGGGACCCUCAGCCUGGGAAGCCUGCCCUCCAGCCCUCCGCGGGCUCCACCAUGAUCUCCUGCUCCGAAAGAUGUCUUCAUCAUCGCCAGAUCUGCUGUCAGCAGCAUUGGGAGCCCGGGGCCGGGGGGCUACGGGGGGAGCUGGGGAUCCUGGCUCACCACCUCCAGCCCGGGGAGACACGCCCCCAAGCGAGGGCUCAGCACCUGGCUCCACCAGCCCGGAUUCACCAGGGGGAGCCAAAGGGGAGCCGCCUCCACCAGUAGGACCUGGUGACAGUGUAGGGCUGCUGGGAACUGGAAGGGAAGGGACGGCGGGACGGGGAGGAAGCCGGGCUGGGUCCCAGCACUUGACCCCAGCCGCACUGCUGUACAGGGCUGCCGUCACCCGAAGUCAGAAACGUGGCAUCUCAUCAGAGGAAGAGGAAGGAGAGGUGGACAGUGAAGUGGAACUGACCUCAAGCCAGAGGUGGCCUCAGGGCCUGAAAAUGCGCCAGUCACUAUCUACCUUCAGCUCAGAGAAUCCAUCAGAUGGGGAGGAGGGCACAGCUAGUGAGCCUUCCCCCAGCGGCACACCUGAAGUCGGCAGUACCAACACAGAUGAGCGGCCGGAUGAACGGUCUGAUGACAUGUGCUCGCAGGGCUCAGAAAUCCCACUGGACCCACCAGCUUCUGAGGUGGUUACUGGCCCAGAACCCAGCUCCUUGCCCGUCCCACACCACGACCUACUCAGAGGGGAGCAGGGCCCUCCCAACUCUGAGGACUCAGACUGUGACAGCGCUGAACUGGACGCCAACAGCGGUGAAGCCUUGCGGCCCCCGCCUCCCUCCCUCCACGAGAGCCACCCUCGUCCCUGUACAUAGAGAGAGAUUUAUAUAAGUAAUAUAUAUGCGCCACAUAAUCAAUACAGACAGGGCUGUCCCAGCCUUAAGUUGGGCUCAAGGGAGACUGACCCCUAACCAAGUCACCUGAUAAACUCUAGGGACACUGGCAGCUGUGGGAAUGAAGGAUAAAUACUGCCCUAGAGAUAUGGUUAAGGGCAAACUGGCCCCUUCCUGCUUCACCCCCAUGAGUUAAACCAGUGGUGAGGCAACAUGAAAGCCCAACUUGCCUAUGUUCCUUUACUUUUUCUACCCAACCCCUAAGGAGCAGGAAAGGGAGCCAUUUAGACUGCACUUUUUUUUGUUUUCUGUUUACUCUGUUUACACAUUUUGCACUUGGGAGGAGGGAGGCUAAGGCUGGGUCCUCCCCUCUGAGGUUUCUCAGGUGGCAAUGUAAUUUCUUUGUCCCUCCAUUUCUCUGCCCAAGCCCUGGCUUAGGGCCUAGGGGAGGCCAGGAGAUUGUGAAAGCAUGUGAUGGCUCAGGCUGAAGAACUGGGGUAUUGUUUUAAGUCCCUACUUUUAUCUUGGUGCCUGACUGGGGUGGGGACUGUCAUAUUGUAACCCCUGUGAAAAACCUUGAAAUAUAACCACUCCAUGCAGGCCCA